UUUAGCGCACCGCUCUCUUUCUCUCUACACACACUGAGAGUGCAGUGUGUGUGUGUGUGUGCAGUCUCGAAAGACAUCCACAUUCUCUUUCAUCCAUAAAACUACGUAGUCUGAGCGACCCCUUCUGCUUUGUCUUCUCGUGGGCAUAUCUUUAAUCUCUCUUUACAUGUGAAACCGUCAUCCCCACCUUCAUAAAAACAGCAUAAAAACGAAAAAUCUUCUUAUUUAUUUAAUAUAUUAAUUUUUUAGUGCUAAGAAGAUAAAAAAAAAAAAUUACUCUUGGUUUCUUGGAAACACCUCUUACUCUCCACCUACUGUUUAUUAUCAUAAUUUCAACCAAAAGGGGCGCAGGAAAAAGGAAAAAACAAAACCCAAUUGCCCGAUCGCCGGCUCCGCCGAUCAUCUCCUUUUCAAACUGAGGUAUGCAACGCGGAAGGGGUGCCCUAGAUUCCUUUCCUGAGCCCAUUGAUCUGAACCAAGGAUCUGUUGCCAGCAACACUUCUAUGGAUCACUCGGCUUCUUGGGGUAACAUGCUGAAUCCAGUUGAAAAUCGGUUAUCAAAUUACAUGCUUGCGUCCACUGAUGGGAAUGUUAGCUGCACAAAUACUGCUAAUGAGUGUGGUCCGAGCUUUAGUGGUUGGGACCGUGGUGAAUCCAGCUCCAGCGCAAAUAUGCAAGACGAAGAUUCAAAAAUGAGACUUGGAUGGUCGUCAUCUUUCUAUGCUUCUGAAUCUGAUUCAAGGUCAGAAGAUUGGUCUUUUGAACCACCCAAUAUCAGCAGUUCUAGCUAUGUUGGCAAUCAGGUUACUGGAAGAUCCCUCAAUCUGCAAAAUUACAGCUCAAAUUGUGGUUCCCUGAAUGUAAGUCCAAACCAUGGAAAUUUGAGGGAGCAUGACUACCACAGAGGUCUAGGAACUGGGAUACCUCAUAGUCUCUACAAGUCUGGUCAUUCUGAAAUGGAUCAGAUUCCAACUUUUUAUGCUUCUUCAAGUAAUAUAGGAACUUCUGCAGGUAGUUCUAGUACCUUUUCAGAAAAUACUGAUGCAUCAGGUUCAUCUUUUGGCACUUGGGGUUCAUCUUGCAAGAGAAAAGCUCUUGAGGGUACUUCUGGACAAUUUUAUCCUGGUGGAAGUUCAAGCUCCAACCAGCCAAUGGAGAAGAGCGUAAUGCAGCAUCCAUUUCCUGGUUGCUAUUCUGCUCCAGGUAAUUUAAGUAUAUCAACUGGCCCACUGAACUUGUCUCCAACCAAUCACUCGGAACAACUAAAUCCAAGUGGUGGGUUUGGUAUGACUAGAGUAGCCCCUGGCUCUUUCCGUUCUUCAAGUGUGCCAGGAGUAGCAGAAAGCUCAGCUAGAAAUUUCAUUAUGAGAUCAAAUCACGGACGACAUGAAUCAAUUCCGUUUGAUACACCUAGAGGCACUUCUGUGAGGAAUUUUGGCGUUUAUGCUGCGAUGCCUUCUAGACCCAUCUCAAACGCUGAGUCUUCAGAGUUGAGGUCACCAGCGACAUUACCAAUAAAUCCAAACAGCACUCUGAUCCAACCUCAUUUAAUGCAUGUAAAUGAGGCUAGAGGAAUGCAUUCUUAUCCUUGGAAUGGAUCUUUCAGUUCCAGAGGUGGCAGUUCAUCAAGUUCUUUUGUCGUCUCUGGAGAAAGAGGUCCUGGGGCGAGCGAGGAAGUGAAUGCUAGGAGCUCCCGUAGAAAUAAUCUGGAGUAUCCCAUGACUAUAUCCGCCCCUGAGACAAGAAAUGUCCUGCAAGAUCAAAUUGAUUGGAGCUUUGCCCCUGGAACUUCCGCAUCUUCUUCUAGAAAUCAUGCUUCUGGUUCACGGAUAGGGUCUGGUUCUGGUGGCCGGACUUCUUCCUCUGCAUGGUUGCCUCAUCAAAACCAGACAUCACAAAAUCAUCAGAGAUUAUCAGAAACUGCUCCGUGGAUUCCUUUCCCUCGUGUUGAAUCUGAAUCUGGAAUCCGAAGAAGUCACUUUGCACUUUUACCUUCUGCAUCUUCUUCAUCAGAUGAGGCAGCUAGUAGUAGUCGAGCCCAACAUCAACUAGAUCAAAGGUCAGCAGCGUUCUUGAUGGAUGUGCCAGGUGAUGAUAUUAAUGGUUGGCGUGCUUUGGCUGCUGUUGAGGGCAGACAUAGACUGAUUCGUCAAGUCCUGAAUGCCAUGCGGAGGGGCAUCCACUUACAAGCUGAGGAUUAUAUGCUGAUUGACCCUUUCAUAAAUGGAUUUGCUGAGUUGCAUGACAGACAUAGAGAUAUGAGGCUUGAUGUUGACAAUAUGUCUUAUGAGGAAUUGUUGGCUUUGGAGGAACAAAUAGGGAAUGUGAGUACUGGAUUGACUGAGGAAAAAAUUAAGAGCUGUAUGAAACAGCGAACAUAUGAAGCUAUGGGAGUCUCCUCAAACAUGGAGCCGUGCUGUAUAUGCCAGGAGGAUUACAUCUCCGGGGAUGAUAUUGGAAUAUUGGAUUGCAGCCACGAGUUCCACAGCGGUUGCAUCAAACAGUGGCUAACGCUGAAGAAUCUAUGCCCCAUCUGUAAAAUGACGGGCUUGGGAACUUGAAAGUAAACCGCAUUUUUGGUGCGAGAGCAACUAUUGUCCCUCAAAAAAUAACUACCAACACCCCCAACCCCACCACACCUUUCUCCACCCUUCCCAUUGCAUCGUCAUUUCUUUGUUUUACAGCUUUGGUUGACACCGGAUCUGGUAAUUUACUCCUGAAUCGAAAGAGCUUUCUUGCCCAUGAACCAGAAGUGUUCAAGGAAAGGAAGUGUGCUUUUAUAGGGAAUGAACAAUGAAGAAGCCAUGUAUGCACCCUAAUACUAUAAAAAGCCUAAACUCUGUGAUGUGAACAGUUUUGUAUUCGUCCAACACCAAAAACAAGAAUUGAGCCGUUUAAACUAAAAUAAUACGGUUAAGGAAAACUUGUACCGACAUUAUUGGCAACUAUUCUGUAUUUGUCUUUAUUACAUGAUGAUUGUUUCCAGA